CCAUGUCUCCUUUUCUGGCGUCCCGUAUAAUCUCUCUCUUCUUCUUCUGCGCAUCUCUAUGCAUUACCACUGAAAUCUCAACCGUCCAAUCUCAAAUCAACGUAUGGCCUAAGCCUCGGAAUAUUUCAUGGCCCCACCCGCAGGCGACUACCCUCUCUCCCACUUUCACAAUCAUCGUCUCUCCGCCCCUGAACAACCAUCCAUAUCUAUCUCUGGCCGUAGCUCGCUACCAUAUUCUUAUCCUCACCGAACAUUACAGCCCCAUCGUAAGCCCAUCUGUCAACCUCACAGCCACCACUCUUCCUUUGCAAUUCCUCACCCUCUCCGUCACCAAUCCAUCGGUGCCGCUACAACACGGUGUCGACGAAUCCUACACUCUCACCAUCCCGAACGUCGGUUCUUCAGCAAAUCUGACGGCUGCAACAGUUUGGGGUGCCAUGAGAGGACUGGAGACGUUCUCGCAACUGGUGUGGGGAAAUCCACCGCGAGUAGCUAUGGGUUUGGACAUCUGGGACGCGCCAUUGUUCGGACAUAGAGGGGUUUUGCUUGAUACGGCAAGGAAUUACUAUGGAGUGGCGGAUAUACUGAGGACCAUACAAGCGAUGAGCUACAAUAAGCUCAACGUCUUCCAUUGGCACAUCACUGACUCACAAUCCUUUCCAUUGGUGUUGCCUUCGGAGCCUGAGCUUGCCGGGAAAGGGUCAUAUGGUCCCAGAAUGCAGUAUUCACCGGAGGAUGUGAAGAUGAUCGUUGAGUUUGGGUUGGAGAAUGGUGUUAGGGUUAUGCCGGAGAUCGACGCACCAGGGCACACUGGAUCAUGGGCUAAAGCUUAUCCAGAGAUUGUAACUUGUGCAAACAUGUUUUGGACAGGACCAUCGGGCACUGCAUAUGCCGAUCGUCUCGCAUCUGAACCAGGAACUGGCCAACUUAACCCCUUAAACCCCAAGACCUAUCAAGUCCUUAAGAAUGUUAUCCAUGAUGUUGUAGCUUUAUUUCCAGAACGUUUCUAUCAUGGAGGAGCAGAUGAAAUCGUCCCUGGGUGUUGGAAAGCUGAUCCAACCAUCCAAAACUACUUAUCCCAAGGUGGAAACCUUAACCAACUUCUGCAAAACUUUAUAAACACAACCCUUCCUUACAUUACUUCUCUAAAUCGAACUGUGGUUUAUUGGGAAGAUGUCUUAUUUGAUGCUACUAUGAAUGUAAGUUCCUCAAUUCUUCCUCCUGAGAAAGUAAUUAUGCAAACAUGGAACAAUGGUCCAAACAAUACCCUCCGUCUUGUCUCCGCUGGAUACCGAGUCAUCGUGUCGUCGGCGGAUUUCUACUACUUGGAUUGUGGCCAUGGUGGGUGGUUGGGGGAUGAUAGUAGAUAUGAUCUUCAAGUUGGAGACUUACCAGGACAACCUUUUAACUAUGCUGGUGGAAAUGGUGGGUCAUGGUGUGAUCCAUUUAAGACAUGGCAAAGGGUAUAUGAUUAUGAUAUAACUUAUGGAUUGAAUGAGACACAAGGGAAGUUGGUUUUAGGAGGAGAGGUUGCCCUUUGGUCAGAACAAGCUGAUUCUACUGUGUUAGAUGGAAAGAUAUGGCCUAGAACUUCGGCUAUGGCUGAAACAAUGUGGUCUGGGAAUAGAGAUGAGACAGGGAAGAAGAGAUAUGCAGAAGCAAUUAAUAGAUUGAAUGAAUGGCGUUAUCGGAUGGUUUAUAGAGGAAUUGGGGCUGAACCAUUGCAGCCCUUGUGGUGUAUUACUCAUCCGGGCAUGUGUAAUCUUGUUCAGUGAUUUUGGAUUACACUUUUUUUUUUUUUU